UGAAGUUCUGCCGUAAAAUAAAACGUUCCUGCAGGCUAAAGCAGCAAAAUAAACAGAUGUUUUAUAUUCUUAUUAGCACCAACUGGAUGUCUGUACCUGAAACUCACAAAUAAAAUACUUCAUUGUUCAAAUUCAAACUGCUCAUUGCAUUUCAGUCUAAAAGUUACUCGCUUUAUUGUCAGUUUAAAUAUUUUGCAGCGUGAAUUUUCCUCAGUGAAAUCCCCUUCUGAUGAAGAAUUUUGUUUUUGUUUUUUAUAAACAAUUAAACUGAGCAGUGGAAAUAGGAGGAGAAUGACUGAAUGCUUAAAGGAGGAACUCAGACAUUCAGCUAAGUUCCUGGUUUUCACUGAAGGAGGAAGAGAAACAUUUAAAACAUCAGCACCUCAGGAUGAACUUUGGUUUUACGUUGGUCUGCUUCUUCUUCACAGCUCUGCAGGACGGAGAAACUAUGAGAUCCUUCACUGGAAAGGAAGGAGGAAGCAUCACAGUUCCAUGUGAAUUUGGCCUUUCUGGAAACAAGAAGUUUCUCUGUAAGGAAGUUUGUGAAGGAGGAAACAUUCUCAUUGAAACAACUCAAAGCAGAGAUCGGAGAGGCAGGUAUUGGAUUCAGUAUGAAAAGAGAGGCGUUCUGUCAUCUGAACUAGUUUAUGUGGGAAUCAAUGAGCUGAAACCAUCGGACUCAGGACGCUACCUGUGCCGUUCGGGUCAACGUAUUCUCAGUCAAAGUGACGACUUUCAUCUUGUUGUGACAGAAGGCCCCAAAACAACAAGUUCUUCACUGUCUCCAUCUGUAACCAGAAAACUAUCUGAAGAAUCAGCUGCAGCUUCAGGUUUGCAGCUUUAUGUGAUUCUGUCUCUGAUCGCCAAGAUCAUCUUGUUAUCAACACCUUUGGGGAUUUUCUGCUGGAAGAGGAGAGCCAUGAAAAGCAAAGGUCUGCAGCUUUAUGUGAUUCUGUCUCUGGUCGCCAAGAUCAUCUUGUUAUCAACACCUUUGGUGAUUUUCUGCUGGAAGAUGAGAGCCAUAAAAAGCAACGAUUCUGCUGGGGAGACUGAGAACGCUGAUGUCUCUCAGAUCAACCCAGAGAGAGAAGAAAUCCCAGAGGGCAGACAGAGCAAUUCAUCUGCCGAUGAAAUAAUUUCUGUUUAUUCCUAAAUUAAUCUAAAAAAACAUCUAGUCUCAUAUUUUCACAAGAAAAUGACUGAAUGUCAAAAAUACAGGAAUGUUUUCUAUAUAUUAUAAAGGAGUUUUGCCACUUGGCUAAAAAAUAUGAGGAUGGGACCUUAAAUACGACAAAAGUAUCAAAUCCAAGUUGGAAUAAUUUAGAUUUGGAUAAAACAAUGAAACCUACAAACAUAAAAAUUAUGAUUUUCAUAACUUAGAAUACAAAAAUAGAUUGAACAUUUCUAAGACAUAUACCUAAAUAUAAUUAUCAUGUUAUAAAACAUUAUUUAAAAUUAUCAAAAUAAUCAGAAACUCUAUUAAUUACAACUGUUUGGUCUGAUCAGCAAUAAUCUCCUACAGAAACUUUAACUCUGCAGUAAAAGUAGUAAUGCCCUCUGGUGUUCAGAGGAGGAACUGCAUUCUGAGGAGAAGUUCCUGGUUUAUCAGUGAAGCAGGAAGAGAAGCAGAGUUAGAAACCAUCAGCAGCUCAGGAUGAAGGUCUGUCUCUCUCUGAUCUGCCUCUUCUUCCUCAGAGCUCUGCAGGAUGGAGACUCUGUGAGAACCAUUAGAGGAAUAGAAGGAACCACCAUCACAUUUGGAUGUAAAUUUAUAUUCCCUGGAAGCACAAAAUUUUUCUGUAAGGAAAUCUGUGAAGGAGAAAAUAUUCUGAUAGAAACAACAGAAGACAGAGCUCAGCGUGGCAGAUACAGCAUCGAGUAUGAAAAGCAUCGUUCUGAAUCUAUUGCUGUGUAUGUGAGCAUCUCAGAGCUGAAACGGUCAGAUUCAGGACGGUACCGAUGUGGUCUGGAUAAAUCCUGGACUCGAUAUGAUGAUUUUGACCUGGAU